AUGAACCAAUGGACUUGCCACAGGAAAUACAAGACAGGCCGUAGAUUGCUGAGGCCUUCUGGCCUUCUACGACUCGCCGAGCAUCCCAUCAACAGAAUCAUCGGCACAUUAGCAUUCAUUAAUCUCAUCACAUCUACUCAGAGAAGCACGAAAAAUCAUCAGAAACCCCACACAGCAUUUCCCACGACCGAGGCAUCCACAAUAUUCCAUGAAUAUAUAAUGAGUUCCACCGACGACGAGCACGUAAUCGAAGCCGACUACACAGAGACGCCUCCCCACAUAACCCUUCGCGCGGCCAUACACACAGCUCCCAAUACGUAUACAGUGUCAUUGGUUGUGGUGAGCGGCUGGGGGUCGGGCCCAUGUGAGGCGUGCGGGGGGCAGAGGGGUGGAGGCGGGGCGGGGGGCUGCAGCUGCUGCCAGGGGGGUCGCCGUGCCCCUUCUUCCUCCUCAGGGGACGCCCCGCCGCCCCUCAACGGCCAUCUGCCGCCGCCCCCGUCCUCCCAGCUGGUCAAAGUGGUUGUGCUGGGGGCAGCUGCCGUGGGCAAGACUGCCAUUACUAAGCAAUUCGUACACAACGAGUUCCCAACGUGCCACGAGCCAACGUCGGGUCGGGUCAACUACUGGCCUUCUGUCAUGGUUAACGACCGGGUCUAUCAGCUCUGUCUCGCCGAUCUGCCCCCCAUCAGAGCGUUCCCCCAAAACUCCUACUCCGAGUGGGCUGACUACCGCUCCUUCGGCCUCCGCUCGGCGAUGGCCUACAUGUUCGUCUUCGAUCUCACGUCCUACGAUUCCUUCGCUCACAUCAAGGCCCUGCGAGACCAGAUGUACGAGUCCCGCGACAUGCGCGAGGUGGGCGUGGUGGUGGUGGGCAACAAGCGCGACCUGCUGGACUCCUCGGACGCCCGGGACAAGCGCGAGAUGCGGGAGGUGGCCGGCGUGGUUCGCAAGCAGUGGAAGGCCUCGUAUGUGGAAGUGUCUGCCAAGUGUAACUGGCAUGUGGUGGCCGCUUUCAGAGAACUGCUCCUGGCGGUGGAGGACGCUCAGGCCCACACGCACGCCCGCCCGCACAACCUGCACGAACUCCACGAGGCGAUCGAGCACUCGAAAUGUACUAUAUUGUGAGAUAAGGCGGUGUGCCGUAGGUGCCCACUUGGUUUUAUUAGCAAGCUGAACGAAAUUACUCAAACUGUACAUUGUAAGUUAAUCUCCGUAACAAAA